AUGAGAACACGAUCUUUAAAUAGGAUAGUACUUCUUCAAUUUUUAAUUAAUGGAGCGUUGAUGGUAAAUAGUCUCAGUGUAAAAACAUCAAUUUUCUAUUAUCCGUGGUACGGCAAUCCUGGGACGGAUGGACAUUGGAUUCAUUGGGAUCAAAAUAAUCAUCAACCACCCGAUGAUAUCGGAGCUAAUUUCUAUCCAAGUCUCAGUGCUUACAGUAGUCGGAAUGCCAUUGUUUUAGUUCAGCAUAUGUCUUGGCUCCGAUCGGCCAAUGUGGGUAUUCUGGUCACAUCUUGGUGGGGUAAAGGCACACAUGAAGAUCAUCUGACACGUAAUGUGCUCGAUGCAGCGCGCGAAUAUGGUCUUGAAGUAGCAUUUCAUAUCGAACCCUACAGCGGACGUUCGGCUGCGAGCAUUAAAGAUGAUAUUCAAUAUAUCUAUACUAACUACGGUACCCAUCCAGCUUUUCAUAAACAAGUUCGUUCAACUAAAUGGGGGCCCAGUAAGAUAGCUCGAGGAGUAUUCUACAUUUUUGAGAGUCUAAAAAUCAACGAUGCUAGUUGGACACAAAUGUUGGAUAGCAUUCGUGGCACAGUUUUGGAUUCUAUUGUUAUUGGACAGACUACAGAUAUCUCUCGAGUCGAUUCGAGUCAUUUUGACGGGCUGUAUACCUAUGAUGCCUAUAAUAUCGAUGGUUCAAUCUUCAAAGCAGUUAGUGAUGGACUCAAGCAGAAGAAUUCAAUUUUCUCUGCAAGUCUAGGUCCUGGAUACGUCGAUACCCGCGCAGUGCCAGGCUCGACACGCGACAAAUCCCGUCAAAAUGGAAAUACCUACGAUUUCAUGUGGCAAUAUGCCAUUAAUGCACAAGUUGAAUGGGUUAGCAUCACAUCGUUUAACGAAUGGCACGAAGGAUCACAGAUUGAACCAGCUAUCGUUAAAUCGAUUGGCAACUACGAGUAUAUGAAUUACGAAGGUGCCUAUGGGAAAACUGGAAGUGACGCACAAAAUGCUUAUCUUAAUCGAACUGCCUAUUGGAUAAACCUCUAUGAAGGCUUAUGA